AUGGAGCCCAGCGUUUGGAAUCACAGGAAUGCUUCCGAGGAUUUUGUCAUGCUUGGCUUUUCGAACCAGCCAGAAUACGAGGUCUUUCUCUUUGGGUUAUUUCUGGCCAUGCACUUGGUCACUCUUUCAGGCCACUUGUCCAUCGUGGUCGUGACUUUGGUUGAGCCCACCCUUUGCACCCCCAUGUAUUUCUUCCUCCGCAACCUCUCCUCUAUUGAGAUCUUCUACACGCUGGUCAUUGUGCCCAAGAUGUUGGUGAAUUUCUUAGCCAGCAGCCGGAAGAUUUCCUUGCCUGCAUGCGCCACACAGAUGUAUUUCUUCAUCUCUCUGGGCACAUCGGAAUGUUUCCUGCUGGCGGUGAUGGCCUAUGACAGAUAUGUGGCCAUCUGCAAUCCUUUGCGCUAUACUCUUAUCAUGAACAGGGCACUGUGUCUCCAGUUACUGGUGGUGGUCUGUGCUACUGGCUUCGUUCUCUCCCUGGGACUCACCGCAUUGAUUUUCAGGCUGCCUUUCUGCGGUUCUCAUGAAAUCAAUCACUUCUUCUGUGACAUCCCGCCAGUGCUGUUCCUGGCAUGUAGUGACACCCACACCGAUGAGAUUUUGGUUUUGGUUGCAUGUGUGAUGGCUCUUCUGGUUCCCUUCUUACUGAUCCUUGUCUCGUAUGUGUUUAUCGCCAACUCCAUCCUGAAGAUCAAAUGCUCCCAGGGCAGGAAGAAGGCCUUCUCUACCUGCGCGGCUCAUCUGGUGGUGGCCGUCCUCCACUAUGGCUGCGCCAUUUUCAUCUAUAUCCGGCCCAAGGCCAGCUACUCCCUGGAGCAAGACAAAGUGGUCUCUCUGAUUUACACCAAUGUCACCCCUAUGCUGUAUCCCAUGAUCUACAGCCUCAGGAACAAGGAAGUGAAGGGCGCACUGAGGAAAGUUAUAGGGAGCAAAGUGUCAUUUCAGAAAAACAUAUUGAGUUUCUGA